AUGACUCAGAGAAAUGGAAUCGGAGGGACGAGCGAUCACCUCCUUCACUCGGGGUCCGGCGGUGCUUGUGCGCAGGCCAACAGCAUGGAGCACGAGAAAGCCCAGGAGCCCCGGGACUGUGAGUCCGAGGCGGGGGGCCAGGGAGGAGAGCGCGGGGACUCGGUGGCUGUGAGGGGGGCGGUCACGGCUCCAGACGGCGGCUGGGGCUGGGUGGUGCUGGUUGCCACCAUCUUGGUCCUGGCUCUGACCUUGGCCUUCCCCUCCUGUGUGGGCAUCUUUUACACCGACUUGCAGAAUGAUUUCCACGCCUCCAACAGCGAAACGUCCUGGGUGCCCUCCAUCAUGACGUCGGUGCUUCACGCAGGAGGUCCCUUUUGUAGCGUGCUGGUGGAGAGGCUCGGCUGCAGAGCCACAGUCAUGCUGGGCGGAGUCCUGAGUGGGCUCGGAAUGGCGGCCAGCUCUUUCACCCAGACCAUCGGCCAGCUCUACGUCACAGCCGGGGUUAUCACAGGACUUGGUUUCUGCUUCAGCUUCCAACCAGCUGUGACAAUCCUGGGGCACUACUUUGUGCGCCGUCGUGCGUUUGCCAACGCCAUGUCCUCCACGGGUACGGCCUUGGGACUCUGCACUCUGCCCGUCCUAGGUAACUACCUCCACUCUGAGCUGGGCUGGAGAGGAAGCUUCCUCGUUCUGGGGGCCGUGCUGCUUAAUUGCUGCGUGUGCGGAGCAGUGAUGAGGCCCCUCCAGCCGCCCACGCACCGAGGCCAACCCCUGAUGAACCACGGACCCCCUCCACCAGAGGAGGACAAUGUGAAGAAGAAAACUGGGUGGAUGAGGGCGAUAUGGAACUACCUGGUGGCUUCCAUGAGCAAACACAUGGCAUUUGAUCAGUUAUGCAACAACCCGCGUUACUGUGUGUACGCCAUCGGCAUCACCUGGAUGAUGCUCGGGUUUGUGGUGCCCUUGGUGUAUCUGGUUCCCUACGCUACUGCAAACAACAUGGAGCAGAGCCGGGCCGCGCUGCUGCUGUCCAUCCUGGGUAUCGUUAACAUCGUGGUGCGUCCGCCCUUUGGCAUCGUCGUCAACAUGCCUUGGUUCAAAGGGCGACACAUUUAUGUAUUCUCCUGGGCUCUGCUGGUCAACGGUCUCAGUAACAGUAUCUGCUGCAUCGGGCCCAGCUUCAUUGUGCUGCUGUCGUAUGUGAUCAUCUACGGCCUGUCCAUGAGCGUGGUGGGCUCCCUGAUGUUCACCGUGCUCAUGGAUACCGUGGAGAUGAGCCGCUUCCCCUCAGCGCUCGGCCUGCUCGCCAUCAUGGAGAGCAUCACGCUGCUCAUCGGGCCUCCACUGGCAGGAAUCCUGGUCGACAGAACCGGUCAGUACUUCCACGUCUUCUUCGCCUGCAGUGCCGUCGUUGCCUCGGCCGCUGUGUUCCUCAUGGUGUCAUUUUACUGGCUGGAUAAGAAGGAGAGGAAUUUGCCAAAGCCGGGUCAACCUUCCCCUCCGCCCGAGAACUCGAGACCUGCAGGCGACGUAGCCCCUGGCUGUCAGUACAGCAGUGUGCCCACAGAGGGAGACAAAGACAAGGCCGCGGCUAACGGGGCUGAGUAUAACACCAGCCUCUGAACCGGCUCACACUGUUUGUCGCCCUUGUCACACAUCACACACUGGGUCCGACAGGUUUGCAAAUAGCUCCUAAUGUUUGGCAGAUGGUGCAAUGUUUACUCUCUGCGGUUGAAAGGCUGCGCGCCCGAGUCUCUGCCAUCUGAUGCGCCAUAAAAGUAUAAAUAAAUACUAGGACUUAUUUACACUGUUUGACCAAGGUUUGAUCCUGCAUACCAAAAUGAACAGAUGUGCACUUACAACCACAAUGUGAUUGUACUGUUAAUUGUAAAAUGCUGCUGAUCUCAUCCACACGAUCACACAAUCGAUCAUAUAUGAGUUACCUGACUUUAUCAAGACAAGUUACUCACAUCAGCCUGAAGAAAUCAUGUUUCCAGAUGUUUUUAAUAGUGUUCAGUAUGUGAUGAGUUCACAGACACACACACAGAAGAUUAAAAAACUACUGUUGUGAAGCGUACGUGGGAUGUUCAACAUCUUGUCCUAUAUUCUGAAUAAGCUUAAGAAAACUGAGCAGUGAAAUCAAGGUGGUGAAAAUUCAAAGGAAUGAAUUAUCAAGGACACACUGGUUUUAUUAAAUUGUGUUUUUCUUAUUGUCAAAAAAAAUCACCAAAGCAGCGCAUUAGUUAGUCGCCCUCUACAGUACAUGUCACACAAUACAGUCUCAGAUCCUAGUUGUACUACACUGUUUAUUAAAAGGAUCUGUGACAAUAAGAAAAUCAUAAUGUAAAAUAAAACCAGCCUUAUUUCUAAAUGUCAGGAGCUAAAGGACUGUUACAGUCACGUUUGAUCAGGGGAUGAAAAGGAGAGUUGCUUGUUUUCCUGGUCUGUUUCCACGUCUUCUUACAGCUUUAUUAAUUAAAUGUCCAUGUCCAGUGGAGACAUUAAACACAGCAUAAUGGAUAUUACACCCACGUGAAUGAGUUGCUUCAAAUCAAUGAAGGUUCAUAGUAAAGAGUCGUUCACUGUCACGUGUAGAAAAUGAAUAUAUGCACAGUUCAAGUAAAAGAAUCAUGUUUCUUCUUUCGCAUGCUUUUCAUUCCUGUAAUGGAACAGUGCCUUUUUAUAGAAGCGGUGUGUGUUUAAAAGAUAAUCUACAGCCACAGGAUGAUGUCUGACACUUUCAGGAACGCUGGUCAGAAGCAGAUGAUUUCACACAUUUCAUGAGAUUAAUUAUCUGAAGGGCACUGAGAAGUCUGCAGCGUACAAACGGACAUGUUUUAUGACACUGAGUUUACCUUUAGUUCCAAGCGGUUUCGUCUUUUGCUAAAUGAACUGUGAGACGAUCGCAGCGCCUGUAGACGUUUGAACAAAGCUGUUUUCUGUCAGAUGUGAUUGAAAAUGAAAUCUUCAGGUAUAAACUGUAUCCCAGUAAGCAAAUGUGUAACAAGAGAAUUUAUUAGUCAUUGUAAGAGCUUGUCUUGCUUAGGGCCAAAUUAUACCUUUAUUAUAAAUUCUUUAUUUAUAUAUUAUGAUCACAGGAAUAAAUGUUUGAAUAUCAAA